AUGGCGGUACGACAUCGACCAUCAGUCUCUGUCUCAGCGCUUAGCAGACCACAGUCACGAGCCUCUACAACCAGCGCCACCUCUCAGCGACACGAGGACAGCUCAAUGUUCAUGUCGCAACAUGUUCAGCCUACGCCCGAGGCGCAGUUGCUCCAAUAUCAAGCCAACAAUCAACAACCGAUGCAUGGCUUCGUUGAUGCGCAACAACAUGGCAUCCCGAAUGUACCAGGCCCGCCAUACGCGAUGCAGCAUAGUCUGUCCUUCUCACACGACUCUCCAUAUAUGCAAGGACAAGAGCCAACGUACGCGGGCCACGCGCGACUCGAGUCAGUGGCAGCAGGCAGUGGAGCUGAAAUGGGUGACGACAAGAGAAGGAAGGGAUCUGCUGCAACUGCUACGAACGACAAGGAGCUUCGCGAGAUGCUCACCAGGAACGAGGGAAGACCUUUACGCGACGUUGCGCAAGAGGUGAUCCAGAAGGAGCGUACGCCGAUGGCGGAGAAGACAAAGCAGCUUUUCGCAAUGCUAUGGCUUCGCGCUGUGUGCAAACCUGCAAAGUCAUCCGUACCACGAAACCGGGUCUACUCCCAGUAUGCUAAUCGCUGUGGUACUGAGCGCGUUGUGCCGCUUAAUCCAGCAUCGUUUGGAAAGCUCGUACGUGUGAUCUUCCCAGGCAUCCAGACCCGAAGACUGGGUGUGCGUGGCGAGAGCAAGUAUCAUUAUGUCGACCUGGCACUCGAAGACGAGAAUAUGAACCCAAUCACAAACCCAGACUUCGGACAGCAGCCGCAUAUGGACGUACGAUCGCAUCGUAGCGAGUCUGCCAGCACACAGCAGAUUGAUUUCAACAACAUGCCUCGCCUGCAGGCCGACACUGCCGCGUUCCCAGCUGCAGACCAAGCCUUCGACUUUCAGCCUCCUCGAUCAGCGAUACCUCGCGGACCACCCUCACAAGCACGAGCUUUUGCAUACCCAGACAGUCGAGGCAUGCAGGCUGGGACGCAAGAGUCAAUGUCAUACUCACACUGCCUGCGCUUCCCAUCAGCAAAUCUUCCACCAUUUUCCGAGAACGAGCCAGUCAAUCUCCCACCCAUAGCAUCGUACUUACCAUACCGGACCGAUUACGACACAGCCGAGUCACUUGUGGCGCUAUACCGUACACACGUCACGUCCCUCAUCGACAGCAUUCGCUUUUGCAAGGAGAAACAGUUCUUCCGACUAUAUACCUCGUUUCAUGGCACGCUUACUGUGCCCGUACAGAAGCUCUUUACACACCCAAAUCUGGCUGGAUGGAUCGAGGAGUGUGAUCUCGUCAUGUACCGGACGAUGGUACGAUUCGUCAGUCGUCUGACUUUGCAGGCGGCUCCCGUGGUUGUUAUUAACAUCUUGUCGAACAUAUCUGCCAGCCUCCAUGGCCACAUCGCGAAGACAUUCGCACAGCAACCUGCACAUGUGCUUGAAGCAAAGCUACGACCUGCCACCGUGUUUGCUGGGCUGCUGUACCGUCUCAUCCGGGUCAAUCAGUCUGCUCACGCUGCUGCGAAUUUGCUCACCAUCGACCAGAAUCGCGAGCAAAUGUGGGUGGAGUGGGUCAAGACCGUCAACCCGAAGCGUGUUAUGGAGGCUGAGCUGCCAGACUGUGGCUACGAAGAAGUCUAUAAGAUCAUGACAUCCGAGAUGCGAAGUCUGCUUGAGCCACUUCAAGCUCCAGCAUUCCAGGACGAUCCGUACGGCUUCACUCCUUACAACUUCGAGGACAACGGCUCCUUCGCACAAUUCCUGCAAAACCAGACUGGAUCGCGAGAUGGAGCGUCGGGUGUCUCGACCGAGAAUGUGCUUGAUCGAUGGUCAACAUUCAUCUCCUCAAUACCAGGCCGCUUUCCACAAGCCUCGGCGAGGACGAUCUUGCACUGCAUUUCCGCCAUGGGCACAGCGGCACUGCGAGACAUCACUAUCAUGAACGGCCAGUCAUACGGUCACUGGUGGGUCCUCAAGAUCUUUGUCGACGAGAUGGCUCUCUGGCUAGCAGAAAUGGGUGGCUUCCUCGAACCCACAAUGAGUGGCCAAAUGAUGCAGCAUGGCGUGCCCAUGUACCAAUCACCAGUCAUGGACAACGGACCGCCAGCAAGCCAAUACAGCAGCCACCGAAGUAGCAUGGCACCCGACAGCAACGGAAAUAGCUACCAUCCGCACUCAGCUUAUGGUGGCCCAAAUGGCCAGCAACAGCAGCAGACGUUCCAGCCCACUGCUCCGAUGAACAAUCACCACUUGCCACCGAGCCAUAACAUGGCUUUCGCUGUUCAGAAACCUUCGCAGCUAUCACAGCAGUCUCAGCAGCAUGAGACUGAUAUCGACGACAGUGGGAUUGGCAUGUCGUUGAUGGAGGACGAGAUCAGUAUGUCCAAAUUCGGCAAUCUAAGUGCGCAUGUGAACAUGGGGGGUCUGCCCAAUGCUGUGGCGAUGGACGCCUUAUAA